AAGGUUGUAUUCCCGUGGUGUGAUUGAUUACCGUUAGCCGCCCAUUGUCUGCCCAACCGUAAUCCCGCAGACACUCUACAGGCCAAAUAUAGGCUGUCGUCAUAUCUCUCAAAGACUACCUAGGUACCUCUACCCCUGGGGAUUAAAGAAAAAGCGGGCCCCUGGUUAGAACCGCAAUACAGAGAGAGGCAGUUUCCUAUUCUUCCCUUUCGCAUCCCAUCCCCAGCAUGAAGGCCAUUAGGCGAUCCUUGAAAGGGGAGAAAGAUCCCAAACACCACCACAUCUCUAUCACCCCCAAAUCUGCUAUUGCGAUUCUGCCUCCUAAGAAAGUGAUCAAAGCUCUCUACGACUACCAACCGGAGGGAACAUCUCCGGAAUUGGCGUUCAGCAAGGGAGAUUUCUUUCACGUUAUCAGCAGGGAGGACGAUUCAGAUUGGUACGAAGCGUUGCUAGGGGGGCUCGUGCCCGUCUCCUUUUUUGAGGUUAUCGGCAAAAACGAGAGGGAUAGUGGGGGUUCCGCCGACUUGCCCCAGGACCACGACUCAGGUUUCUCCAACCGCACCGAUUCCGCCACCACCAAAAACGGCGCGUUCAGAAUGUCUGCACUCAAAGGUCAGGGCGCUAUGGUCUAUGGCAUUGUUCAGUAUGACUUUCAGGCUGAGCGGCCCGAUGAAUUGGAUGCGAAGGCCGGCGAGGCCAUUAUUGUCAUCGCCCAGUCCAACCCGGAAUGGUUCGUCGCCAAACCCAUUGGUCGCCUUGGUGGCCCGGGGCUCAUCCCCGUCUCUUUCAUCGAAUUGCGCGACAUGCAGAGCGGUCAGGCUGUGACCGAUCCACUGGACGCGGUGCGACGCGCCGGGGUCCCCAAGGUCGAGGAAUGGAAGAAAAUGACGGCGGAGUAUAAAAACAGCAGUAUCACUCUAGGCAAGAUUGAGUCCGGCCACGGUGGCAGCAUGAUGGGUGUCACCUCGGGCAUGGACAAAAUGUCCAUGGGCCACCAGAGCCAUCUGAGUCAAAACGGCAACAACUAUGAAUACCACCAGCGCAACGCCAGCAAGGGAACUAUCUCGCAGGCGCCGAUGCCGCAACAACAAGGCUACCCCCUCCUAGUCCCCGUCUCCGCCUAUAUUCCCCGCUACUGUUUCGACAACGACAAAUACUGGUAUAUCAUCGAGGCAAAGAUGGAGGAUGGACGCUGCUGGGAGCUGUCGCGUUACUACCACGACUUCUAUGACUUCCAGAUUGCUCUAUUGACUCAAUUUGAAGAUGAAGCCGGUAACCGUGGUCGUGCACGAACUCUACCAUUCAUGCCUGGCCCUGUCACUCAUGUGACCGAUGCCAUCUCCAACGGCCGCCGACAGAACCUCGACGAAUAUAUCAAGAAACUCCUGUCUAUGCCCCCGCAUAUCUCCCGCUGCCCACUUGUCCGAGAACUCUUUGCACCCCGUGAAGGGGACUUUGAGAUUGAUCCUAGUGCUUUCGGAGAGGAUGCCCGGUACUCCGGUGGAUCCCAACAAUCUGCUGGCGUGGAUGCCUCGCAAAGUGUGUCGCGCCAGUCUUCGCAGCAGCAAAUCAAUACACCCACGGAUCGCGCAUCUCAGCAGCGCGCGCAAGCCCCUGCAGCCUACGCUAAUGGUGGCCAACCACCCAUGAACCGACAACCAAGCUCCCUCACUCAAGCCUCUGGCGCAUCAAGCAACAGCGCCAUGAAGGUCAAGGUGUUCUUCCAGGAUGACUUGAUUGCCAUUCGAAUUCCAGCUGGUGUGAGCAUGCAACAUCUCAAGGACAAGCUGUCUGAUCGGUUGAAGAUCCAGGAAGAUAUCAUUGUGCAGUACCGCGAUGAAUCUACCGGCUCAUACGUUGACCUUCACACGGAUCAAGACCUGGAAAGCGCCAUGCAGCGGAACACCAAGCUGACUCUCUUCGUCAGCAUCGCAUAAAAAGCAAGUCGGUUCUUUCCGGUGUUGCGGUCAACGAUAGACUUAUUGGUUCCACCGGGGUGUUUUCGCCGGUAAAUGUUUGAAAUGACUAGGGUGCAUCGGCGUUUUUUGAUAUGCGUGGUUUGUUUACUUGUUUUAUCUCUGACUGGUUAGUAUUCCUUGAGCGAUUUUACUUGGUCCACGAGGACGUGAUCGCAAUGUUACGAAUCUGAUGCGAGAUGUACGGCAUGGUUUCCUUUUUAUCUUUCCGAUCUCUCUUGGUUUUCAUUGUCUGUUAACUAUGUUCACUACGCGCGUUGUGGGUUCUGCUCUCUGUUCAAUCUUCUUCUGUUCUUUUUAUCUGAGCUUUGGUUUCGCAUUUGAUCUAUAUCCUCUGUUGUUUACGGAUCGUACCCCGGUCUGUCUGCUUCUGCGUGUACAUAUGUCUUUCUGCUCAUGCAUAUACUGUGAUGCUAUAUUUAGCCUUACUUUAGCACUGCAGUGAUACUCCACAGCCCCUACUUUACCAACAUAACUGAUGAUAUCAAUUGUCAAAGAUCGCAACGCUAAUCAAU